CCUCUCUCCCAUCCCGCCGCCCCUCUUGCCCGACAACGGCCAUGCCAACAACGGGUACAGAAAUUACCCCAGAUUUCCGAGAUGUCAAAUCAACCGUUUUAAGGACUACAGUAGAGGGUAUAUCGUCUCAGCCGAUCGCCAGCGAUGACUGCUGCGUCAUCUGCCUCUCGGAUCUCUCCGAACCCUGCGAGGCCCAGCCUUGUGGUCACGGGCAUUUUGAUUAUCUGUGCCUCAUAACCUGGCUAGAACAACAAGCCGCCUGCCCUCUUUGCAAGACGCAAAUUCAACAGGUCCGCUACGAGUUUUCCGACGACCGUAAGAUAUGGAAGACAUACACAGUGCCACAGAAGAGCAGGGAGAGCCAGCGUGCUCCGCAUCGAAGGCCAGCCGAUGCAGAAAGAGGGGCAGCGGCAAACACAUCUCCUGGCGAUCCAAGAUACUACCGUUUUGAGGCGCACAACUUGCGACGACACCAGCGUCCCGACCGCCCUAGAAGCAGACCAUACACAUCCUUGAACACCGGAGGCCGGCACAACCGCGACGACCCCCUCACACGGCGCCGCUUCGUAUACCGCAAUCAGCUCUACUCCCUGCACGUCGGGUCUAACCGCAUGUCCCGCUACCGCGAACUAGCUCCCCAGAUGUUCAACACAGACCCGGAGCUCGUAUCGCGGGCUCGAAUGUUCUUGAGGCGCGAGUUGCAGGUGUUUGAAUUUCUCCGAAGCGGCGACGAUGACGACGCUGCGGAGCCGUCCAGCCGAAACGCAAACGACCCUGUACGUCGUCGCAGAGCCAACAACGUCGAGUUCCUCCUCGAAUACAUCGUCGCCAUCCUCAAGACGGUCGACAUGGUGGGUAGCGCGGGUGUGGCGGAGGAGCUUAUCCGGGAGUUCAUUGGUCGUGAGCAUGCGCGGUUGUUGUUGCAUGAGCUGCGCGCCUGGCUGCGCAGCCCGUAUAUUUCGCUCGAGAACUGGGAUCGUGCGGUGCAGUACCCACCUUUGGAUUGGAGGGGGAGAGAGGGAGAGGGAGAGGGAGAGGGGCGAGCACCACGAACACGCAGUCGGAGCCCGCCUUCGGGAAAGGACGUGACAUAUCCUUCCACAUGGAGGCCGGGGAAUCCAUAGCCAUGCUGGAAUUUUGGGCACAAAAGAGCUACUUUGAUUGAAUGGCGGCGUUUAGGGAACAGUCAUGGACCAUGGCAGGAGUUUAUGCGACCAUGUUAGGAUAGAGCUAUAGAUAUCAAGAUACCCCCU